AUGGCGGCACCAAACGUCGACAAUCAGCAGCAAGCUGUACCUGAGAUCGAAGUCACACGCGUAAGAAGGCGUACUGCCACCCACGAUGACAGCUCAUCUUAUGACGAUGACUCAAUGCUGGAUGCACCCGAGGAUGAGAAUAUCUUUGACGACAAUGACCAAUGCCUAGUCGACAACCCACUGAUCAGACUACGACCAGAUGAAGUCGAGCGUAAAGCCAAACGCUUCGUCCGGACGCAUGGCUUGCACAAUCAAGAGGAAACUUUCAUCAAAGCUGGCAAGAUCCUGCGAGACCCAGAAGCAUGGGAAGCCGUGCCUAAUCUGUCGCUCGAUGAGAAAGAGGUUCUGUUCAAUGAGACUCGCGGUGGCUUCUGGAAGCAGCCGAAAGAGUUACGAGUCACGAUCAUCACGCUCUGCGUUGCAGCUGUCGUGCAAGGCUGGAAUCAGACGGCAUCGAACGGCGCCAAUCUCAACUGGCCAAAGCAGCUUGGUCUUUUGGCCUUUGAUGGUUGCGACCCCAUAGGAAGAGAUGCCUGGAUCUUCGCUAUAGUGAACGCUGUGCCCUACCUCUCCGCCAGUCUUAUCGGGUGUUGGCUAAGUGAUCCUUUCAAUGAGUACUUCUUCGGCCGACGACCGGCCAUAGCAUUCUCUGGAGUAUUGAUCCUAGCUUCCAUGAUUGGGAGCGCCUGUUCGCAGACCUGGCGACAGUUGCUGGCUUGUCGUGCUAUCCUGGGCAUCGGUAUGGGAUGCAAAGCUUCGGUAGUCCCAGUCUUCGCGGCGGAGGUCAGUCCGGCCCAUAUACGAGGCUCUCUUGUGAUGAACUGGCAGCUUUUCGACGCUCUGGGUAUCUUUCUUGGCUUCACUGCCAAUCUUAUGGUCAGUCAGGUCGGCGACACUGCCUGGAGGUGGCAGACUGCCUCAUCAGUGCUUCCCACCAUCGUCCUCCUGACACUGAUCUUCGUCUGCUCCGACUCACCUCGCUUUUUGAUGAAGAGAGGUCCAUCGCACUACCUCGAAGCCUAUGCUACCUUACUGGCAUUACGGGGCCACCCGGUCCUCGCUGCGAAGGAGCUGCUGUACGUUCACUGCCAGAUGGAAGUCGAGAAGCGCUUCAUCUCCGGCAAGAUGUCAGAUGCCGAGCUCGUUCAUCGCGAAGAGCAGGUUGUCGAAGAGACAAAAGGUAACGCAUCGCACUCGAAGCUGCGAGCAAGGUUCCAGCCUGCCAGAUCUAUCAAUUACUGGCAGAAGCUUGGGCAGCUCUUCACCAUCAAGAGAAUUAGGCGUGCCAUGCUGGCCGCCGUCGUUGUCAUGGUCAGUCAGCAGCUCUGUGGAGUCAAUGUGCUGGCACUCUACUCCAGCAACUUCUUUUGCGAGGAAGAGGCAUCAGACAAGAUCGGCGAUCUAGCGGAUCCAUCCUACCUGCAACCACUAUUCCUCAGCUGGGGCAUCGGGCUGGUCAAUUUCCUGUUCGCCUUUCCCGCCUACUACCUCAUCGACAAACGCGGACGUCGCUGGCUGCUGCUCGUUGCACUCCCCUUCAUGGCCCUCAGUAUGCUCGGCGCCUCUCUCGCAUUCUUGAUCCCAGCUGGAAGUCCCGCCCAUGCUCCCGUCAUCGGGGUCUUGGUGUAUAUCUUCAUGGUCUUCUACAGUCCCAGCAUGGGACCUGUGCCCUUCACAUUCUCAGCCGAGGUCUUCCCCAUGGAUCAUCGCGUCGUUGGCAUGUCCUUCGCCGUCUUCACGAAUAUGCUCGGGCUGGGCUUGUUGACCUUGUUCGUGCCGAUCAUCACGGUCAAGGUCAGUCAUGCCGGACUGCUCGGUAUCUUCGCAGGCCUGAAUGUGGUGGCGUUUGUUCUGAUAUUCUUCUUCGUCCGCGAGACAGCUGGAGCAACACUCGGACGCACAGCAGGAAGCAUGCAUUUCAUGUCGCUGGAAGAGCUGAAUUAUGUCUUUGGUGUGAGCACGAAGAAGCACGCCAUCUAUCAGUACAGGACGGUACUGCCGUGGAUUUGGAGGUACUACGUGCGACGAGACAAAGGUUGUCCGGACUCGCCCGAGCAGCUGUAUAGAUGGGCGACGGCGAGGCAGCAGGGUCAACAUGAGCAGCAGAAUCGGGCAGACUAG